AUGGAAGUAAUGUUUAGGGCUACCCAUGAGAACUUGAUUUUGGAUGAUGAUUAUUACCUCAUCAUCUCCAAAUGCAUUCAUGCUAUGAAGAACAGGUUCUUGGAGAGGUAUGCUUCCACGGAUCAAAGGAUUAAGAAUUUCAUUGGCAAUUCUCAAGCAUUCUGGGAUGCUUGGGGGGAGCUGGUGCCUUUACCAAGGUCGCCCUAUAUGACACAUUAUACAGACCAAACAUUACAGAUGGAGCAGAAGGAACAGGAAAUGGGAUCGGCAACUCUAGUGAAAGGGGAAUUCAAGAACAAGUUGGGAAAAAUGGUCAAGGAGCAGGAGAAAAUUAGUGCAGAGCUCAAGGAGAGAGUAGCAGCUCAAGGCACAUUGGCGCACGAGGUAGUUGAGGAAUCCGAGUUAAUGGAUUUGGUAUUGGAAGAAGCUUCUACUUCCAAGGUGCCUGUGCCAAAGAAGAAGAAACUUGUUUUGAAAGAUCAAGAAGCCAAAAAGUCACCUAACCUCAGGAAGAGGAUGAGGGUGAAGGCUUAG